CACACACACACACUGCACGGAUAACCUCUCUCUCUCUCUCUCUCUCUCUCUCACACACACACACACACACACUGCACGGAUAACCUCUCUCUCACACACACACACACACACACUGCACGGAUAACCUCUCUCUCUCUCUCUCUCUCUCUCUCACACACACACACAGAGGCGCGCGGAGAGAAACGGAAGCGGCUUUCACUCGGUGGGACUCUCACUCGGUACCAUCGGAACUGACUCGCGGUACCGGAGCGGAAAUCGCGUCUGGAGCUCAGGGAGACUUUCCUUCAGUCUGAGAUUUUAACCAGAAUUCUGUGAUUUGCGUCUCGGUUCCGGUGCGGGUUGUGUGGAACCGAACCCGGAUCCCUGUGGAUGAUUUUUAAUCAUUAAUUUUUGCACACAGAGGAUCUGAGUCUCAGCGGGGAGUGUGUGUGUGAGUGAGUGUGUGUGAGUGUGAACAUGGAGGUGUUACUAUGACCCCGGACUUCAGCACUGCCACAGCCACUGCAGGUCACACUCACACACACACUCACUCACACACACACUCACUCACACACACUGUCUGAGAGUCACUGAGCUGAGAGAUUUUUGGGAAAUUCAGCCAUGAACUGUGUGGUUUAUUGGGCUCACUUAUUUCUGGCAGCGCUGCUGAACGCCUCGGCUCUGAAGGCAGCUUACAUACCAAAGGAGGGAAAAAGCAAGAAUGAAGUGGUGAUGGCGUUUAUGGAGGUGUACAGUAAGAGCAGGUGUAAUCCGAGGGAGACGUUGGUGGAUGUACAUAGCGAGUAUCCACACGACAUCUACGUCACCUACCUGCCAUCCUGCGUGGUGCUGCAGCGCUGUGGAGGCUGCUGUAAUGAUGAAGCACUCGAGUGUGUUCCUACAGACACACGCAACAUCACACUGGAGUUGUACAGAGUAAAACCAGGUGUUGGAGAACACAAAACUCUGCUGAGCUUCACAGAACACACACACUGUGACUGCAAAGUAAAACCAGAAGUGAAAACAAAGAAAGAAUACCGCUGUGAGCCCUGCUCGCAGAGGAAGAAGCACUGGUUUGUGCAGGAUCCUCUCACCUGCAGCUGUUCCUGCACACUGACUCAGUUACAGUGCAGGUCCAGACAGCUUGAGUUAAACGAGAGAGUUUGCAGGUUUGUUCAUCACUUCGUCUUGUGUGUGAUGUGACGUCAUGUGUGUGACGUGACAUUGUGUCUCUGUGUCGUUCUUGGGAUUUUUCUGCAUGACUCUGUCACCUGCUCGCAUAUUUGUACUCUAAACCCUCGUGCAUGCGCGUGAUUUCCACUGCACACUGCUGAAAUUAACAUGCAGUCACAUGGCCACGCUGUGUGUGUGUGUGUGUGCGCGCGUGCCAGAGAGAGAGAGAGGUGUGUAUGUGUGUGUUGUAGAUAUUUAAAAGGCACAGUUCAGAUGAAAAUGUAAUAUCCACGUCCUUUGUCCUUUCUAAAGAAAAAAAUUUCACAUUUCCGAUCACGUCUCAGCUGAUCGAGUCCAAAAUUCACACUGUGGACAGUUUUCACUUCCUUUAAUCCUCUGUGUCAUUUAUAACUUCUUUAAUACACUUCAUUACACCUUAUAAUAAACAAUAACAGGAUUCAUUUCAGAGUGUUUCAACACACUGAUGUGUUGAAAUAUGUGAAAAUAAACCUCCCAUAUAUAAAAUUCAGAACGUCCUCUUACACACACACACACACACACACACACACACCGCUCCCUGUGAUGUUUUUAAACAUCUGGAUAAAAAAGACACUUAUUUAUUUUCUACUCAUCUGAACAUGCUCCCCACUCCCUAUAGAAGUGCACUACAUGGGGUAAGAGAUAACGGAGUCGAGACCCUAUUUAGUGCCCUAAAAGGGGUACAGUGAACAUGAAAUUCUAACAGUCACACUGGACUGAACCGGCACUCUGAUCCGACAUCACAAUAAGAGCACAAUAAAUUAAUCCAGUCAUGUGGGUCUUUAAAAUUCCCUCCAAACCCAAACGAAAUGUCUUUAUAACACAACCAUAAAAACAUGUCCAUGCUGCUUGCUUCUCACAUGAUUGUGAUUCUGAAACUUAAUUCAUUAAUUAAUCAGUGACAUCAUCAUCUGCUUGAUUUAACCACAGAUUAAACCCUAAACCCUUCAUCUAGGGCACUGAUUCCUAAUGUAAGUGCACUACUUACCUAACCCUAAAUCGUCCUAUAUAAGUGCACUAUGUGGGAUCUGAAACAGCUUUUAUACUCUUUCUCACUCUUUCUUGUGCACUAAAUAUCCAGUAGAAGCCUGUUUGGGAUACAGGUCCCUGAUCCCUAUCGAACUAUAGUCAUAAAUUAGCGGCCCUACACCCUUUGUAGUGUAGAGCGAAAGGGGAAAUAGCUCACUAGCACCCUGUAUGGUGACACACUGUUCUCUCUUUU